CGUGAUCGCCUAUACGUAAAGCGCGCUCACAUAAAGCCGCCUGUGUCGCGCGCCUUAUCCCGCUUGCUUUCAGCCGAGGUAAGCAGUAUGAGUGCGUGUCUCGUGCCAGACUGGAGUGGGUGCCAAUGAAUUGCCGCUGCGUUCCAGCGUCUUCCAGCUGACGACCUGCGCUUCGCUCAACCACUGGCCGGCAGAUUGUGCGUGUCCUGAGGUGACACCUGCGUGGUGCUCCUACGGUUAAAGCACUGAACAAUAUCAGGCCUACUGAACAAUUCCCACCAUGGCUCAGAGAAACAGCUGUGGCCAGAAUGGCAAUGGGGUGGUGGAUGAAUCCCCAAACAUGCUUGUCUACAGAAAGAUGGAAGAUUUAAUAGCACGCAUGCAAGAUGAAAAAAAUGGAAUUCCUAUCCGCACAGUGAAAAGUUUUUUAUCCAAGAUCCCAAGUGUUUUUUCUGGGUCUGACAUUGUACAGUGGAUGGUGAAAAACCUAAACGUUGAAGAUCAAGUGGAAGCCCUCCACCUGGGCACUUUGAUGGCAGCACAUGGCUACUUCUUCCCAAUCUCAGACCAUGUACUUACAUUGAAAGAUGACGGGACCUUCUACAGGUUUCAGACUCCUUACUUCUGGCCAUCAAACUGCUGGGAACCAGAAAAUACAGAUUAUGCUGUUUACCUCUGCAAAAGGACAAUGCAGAACAAAGCCAGGCUUGAACUUGCAGACUAUGAAGCUGAGAGCUUAGCAAGGCUACAGAGAGCCUUUGCUCGAAAAUGGGAGUUCAUUUUUAUGCAAGCAGAAGCACAAGCAAAAGUUGAUAAGAAAAGAGAUAAGGUUGAGAGAAAAAUACUUGACAGUCAAGAAAGAGCCUUUUGGGAUGUUCACAGACCAGUGCCUGGGUGUGUAAACACGACAGAAGUCGACAUAAAGAAAUCCUCACGAAUGAAAAACCCACACAAAACGAGAAAGUCAGUGUACGGGUUGCAGAAUGAUGUCCGCAGCCACAGCCCCACCGUCAGUCCUACCCCUGAGGUCCGGCAGCCCACCAGAGAGGAGCUACAUGACCAGAUAAAAUUUUGGCACAAACAGUUAGAUAGACAUCGAAUGAAAAUGUCUAAAGUGGCAGAAAGCUUGAUAGGCUACACAGAGCAGUACCUUGAAUAUGACCCAUUCCUCACAUCCCUCGAACCCUCCAACCCUUGGAUUUCUGAUGACACAACCAUGUGGGAAAUGGCAGUCAGUAAGGAACCAAGUCAGCAGAGAGUGAGAAGGUGGGGCUUUGGGAUCAAUGAAGUGUUGAAGGACCAGGUGGGCCGAGAGCAGUUCCUCAAGUUCCUCGAGUCAGAGUUCAGCUCAGAAAACCUGAGGUUCUGGCUGGCAGUCCAAGAGCUGAAGAAGAGGCCCAUAAAGGAAGUUCCAGACCGGGUUCAAGAGAUUUGGCAGGAGUUCUUGGCAGCUGGCGCCCCAAAUCCGAUUAACGUGGAUUCCAAGAGUUAUGACAAAACCACACGGAAUUUGAAGGAUCCGGGGCGCUAUGCUUUUGAAGAUGCUCAGGAGCACAUUUACAAGCUGAUGAAGAGCGACUCCUACAGCCGCUUCAUCCGCUCUAGCGCCUACCAGGAGCUGCUGCAAGCAAAGAAAAAAUUGGGAAAGUUUCAGGAUCACAGAACCUCGUUCGAGAAAUUCACUCACAACGUGGGGAAAUCACUUACUUUGAAACGACUGCCAAAUCUUGUGUCGUCUUGCUAAAACACCUUUUAGCUGGGAAAAGGAGCUUUCCGUUCUGGCGCUGUUGUGGUUGGCCAUUCAACCAGAUGUCCCACUCGACGAUAAAGCCACGAUCACAUGGGCUGGCAACCGAGGUGCCAUCCCUAUUCAUUCUCCUGAGCCUUUGGAAGGACAUCAUAGAGUUGAAAAGCACCAUUCAACCUGCUAAUGCCUUUGAACAAGUCCAUCUCUACAGCUGACACUGCACGCAUCAACUUGCUGUCUGUUUUUUUUUUUGUUUUAAUUCCCCAGGUCAAAAUAAAAAUGUCAAAAAAGGUCAGAUUAAUCUUUCACACUGUGGAAGUUUUUAUGCAAUGAAGAAAGACACU